AAGAACGGACCAGAUGCUUGUCCAGCUCCACCAUCGACGCAUCGGGAUCAAAGGGUUCAGAGCAUCAAACCUCUCGCAUGGCGCCGCCGCUCACAGCCGCCCUCCGCCGCCACCUUCUCCUCCCCCGCCGUUUCUCAUUUCUCCCCUCUCGCCACCUUAGCCUCUCCACCAACUCCCUCUCCGACCAAAGCGACUUCGAGUACGAUCCCCCCCUUCCCCCUGCUCCCAACGACGACGGCGAGCUCGCCUCCUUCGUCCGCCACAUCUCCCAAGCCUCCUCCGCCGCGUCGUCCCCGAAGGAGGCCCUCGCCUACCUUCUGUCUUCCUCUUUUCGCCCAUCGCCGGCCGCUCCUUCCCUCCUCGUCCGCGCGCUCUGGGAGCUCCGCCGCGACCCGGAGGCAGCAGCGCUCGCGCUUCGCUGGGGCGACGAGUGCAGCGCCACGUCCGGGGCUGAGGGGACCGAGUCCCUGCCAGCGGAGGCGUGGCACCUGGCCGUAUGGGCUGCGGGGAGGGCUGGGCGAUUCGACCUCGCAUGGGCGGCCGUGCGGCGGAUGCUGCGCCGUGGGGUGCUGACCCGCCGUGCCAUGGUCAUCUUGAUGGAGAGGUAUGCAGCUGUCAAUGAGGUGAACAAAGCAGUCAAGACCUUUGAUGCGAUGGAGAGAUUUAAAGUGGAAGCAGACCAAACUGUAUUUUAUUCCCUUCUUCGUGCUCUUUGCAAAAGUAAAAACAUCGAAGACGCUGAGGAGUUGCUUCUUACAAGAAAGAAUUUUUUUCCGCUCACGGCAGAAGGUUUCAAUAUAGUUCUUGAUGGUUGGUGUAAUAUAUUCACUGAUGUGGCUGAAGUAAAGAGAGUUUGGCGAGAAAUGUCAAAUUGCUGCAUUACUCCUGAUGGUACAUCUUAUACUCUCAUGGUUUGUUGUUUCUCAAAAGUAGGAAACCUUUUUGAUACUCUGAGACUUUAUGAUGAGAUGAAGAAGAGAGGUUGGACUCCUGGUAUCGGUGUCUAUAAUUCACUUGUCUAUGUUCUGACAAGAGAGAAUUGCAUGAAGGAAGCAAAAAAUAUUCUCGGUAAAAUUGCAGAUGAAGGUCUCCAACCGGAUGUUGAAACAUACAACAGCAUUAUAGUUCCUCUUUGUGAAAGUUACAAGCUUGAUGAAGCGCGAAAGAUAAUGGAGGACAUGAUAAUGAAGGGCAUUGUUCCAACCAUUUUGACGUACCAUGCAUUUUUGAAACAAGAAGGCAUUGACGAAACAUUGCAGCUACUGAAAAAAAUGAAAGAAGAUGGCUGUGGCCCUAACAGUGAUACAUUUCUCAUACUUAUUGAUAAGUUUAUACAAUUGAAUGAGUCUGGCAAUGCUCUGAGAGUGUGGAAUCAAAUGAGAAGAUAUGACCUUAGGCCUGCUUAUGUACACUAUAUGGCAUUGAUACAAGGUUUGGUUAAACAUGGAUGUGUACCACGAGCUUUAGAGUAUUAUGAUGAAAUGAAGUUAAAUGGUUUUGCUUCCGAUCCAAUACUUGAUAAGGAAUUCAAAACUUUUCUGUUGGCCAACAGAGACCAUUGGAGAGGAGCAGGCAAAUAUAAUCUAAUUCCACAGCGUGGCAAACAUUUUACAAGAAGGAUAAGAAUGCCGUGACACAUGUGGCACUAUUAAACUUGCUUCCAGUUUUCUUUGUACAUAUGAGGGUCUUCAUGAUACAGAAGUAAAUGCGAACAAAUGUGAUUGUGAGUUCUUUCUCCAAGCAGGUUUGCAGCUGGGGUGGGUGACCAUCCAGUCCAAGUCUGUCGCUACAUUCAGGAGGACAACUCUGUUUUUGUAGAAAACACAAAUCAAGGCUGAGCGUCAUUGCAUAUUAACACGUCGACAAUAACCGUCAGAAAGAAUUGGUCCUUUCUGAAAGAGAUUUGGUGUGGA